AUGUUCACCCACCAACACACCCCACUCCAACCCCAAAACUGGCCAGCAACCACCAUGGCCGCCACUCGCUCCCACUCCCCGCCCCUCCCGCCGAACGCAGCCUACACCCACCCCACCAUCACCCUCAACAUCCUCCCCUCAGCCACCCUCUUCACCGCAGGCACCAAACUCACCGGCGUCCUCGAACUCACCUGCAAGAAGCCGAACACGGUCGCCCUGGGGCAGCUCGCAGUCGAGUUCGUCGGCAUCGAAGAACUCAAACUGCUCGACCACAGCGCCCAGUCGUCCAUCCACGGCCCGCACAAAUGCAUCUUCCAAGGCCCAGCCCUGCCCCCCAGCAACGCAGUCGCCGCCUCAGAAGCACCCAUCGCGGGCCAUUACUACACGGCACUGCGCGGAAGGACCAAGUUCCCGUUCUCGUUCCCACUGCCCUCCAAGCUGCCCUCGUCGACCAACUUCGGCGACAAGGCCCGGGCCAGCUAUGCGCUCAAGGCGACCUGCCAGGUGCUCGCCAUCGACUCGCGCCAGAACGUGCUCGUGACGAAGGCCAAGACGAUCCAGAUCGUCGAGCGGCUGCUCGACUGGAACGACAACCGCUACCACGAGCCCGUCGAGAUGCGCGGCGAGCUGCGCGACCCCUCCGGCUCCGGCGCCGGCGUCUGGGCCGAGCUCAAGAUCCCCAAGAUCCUCCACUUCAGCCUCCUCCCCGACAACGGCCUCAUCCACGCCCAGCUGACCGUCAAAAACAACUCGCGUCGAACGCUAUCCGGCGGCGUCAACGCCAAGAUCUGUCGCAAGCUCGUCCUCCCCCACCACCCCGCCCCAUCCGCACCCGACCCCUCCCGGAUCCACGUCGUCCGCACCUCCACCUUCCGCGGGCCCGAGUUCGAGUUCCCGUCCGGCCAGCCCAAGACGGUCAGCCUGCUCUGCCAGCUGCCCAGCCCGGCCGCCCAGGACGACAUCCCGUCCGCCAUCAGCGUCAGGGCCCUCAAGCUGUUCUCCGUCGACAUGUUCCUCAGGGUCGAGCUCGAGCUCGGCGCAUUGUCAAACGACCUCGUCAUCGAUCUGCCCAUCUACGUCACCCACCCAUCCUCGCUCCCGAAGGAGCUCCUCCUGCGCACCCAGCCGCCGAAGACGAUCGAGCACGUGCGCUCGACGAACGCCAUGUCGCUGCUCACGAAGCCCGACGGCUCGUCCGGCCGGCCCUCCCCCGCGACAGCCUACCAGGACCAGCAAUUCUCUCCAUAUCCAGCCACCCCGGGCCCCUCCCACGACCCCCGCUCACAUGCGCCAUACCCGCCCCCCCAGCCGCUCUUCUCGCCCCCGACGACGCCCUGGCACCGGCCCCCCGCAUCCUCCCCCUUCGACCCCGCCUCCGCGUACGCCCCCGCGACCCAGCCUGGCGACUACCAUCCGCACUCCACCGACAUGCCUCCCAUCCCCCCUGCGCACCCCCAGGAACCGUUCAGCCCCGCCGCGUAUCACGCCUACGACCCCGGCAGCCCGAUGCCUUCCCACUGGCGCACGAGACACCAAUCGCUGCCCGCCGCGCCAGGCCCCCCCUCCCACCACUACCGGCCCCCCGACACCCAUCAUGAUGCCGAGAGCGUCUUCGAAGGUGCCCUCAGCAGGAAGCCGUCCAGCUCGAGAAGGACCUCGGAGCCUAUCAGCCCCUUCUCGGGAGUGCAGCCCGUCUCUGGCGGGCUCGUCGUCCGCAAACGCGCCCUGCCCGUGCCUCCCCAGCAGCAGCCUCCCGCCGCCGGCCCGGCCCAUCCGGAGAGCCUCUCCAGCCACCAUGCCCCGGGCCUCGGCUCGCCGGCCCCACCCGACCCGGCUCCCGGCCAUGCAAGGCUCGCGACGAUCGGCGAGUCGGGCGAGUCGCGGCCGGGCACGGUGCGCCGCAAGACCCACGCCGUGCUGGCUGGCCGGUCGGCAGACUCGUCGUCGUCGGGAGAAGACGACGGCUCGUCGGGGGCGCUCGGCGCUCGGAGGCCCGCCCGCGUCGUCAGUCAUCCCCAUGCCGUACGGCCCAGACGCUCCGACGGGAGCGACAGCGUCCAAGCGUUGGAAGACUUCGUCGCGCUCGAGGACGACCAGCGGCGCUGCGCCGAGCGGGCCCGCGCGGCUUCCUCCCCUUCGCCUCCUCCUUCGGAGAAGCCCGACCGGACCCCGACUCUCGCCUCCCACCACCAGCCCGGCUUCCUCCCUUCUCAUCCGGCCCAGACCCAAGAACAUCGCCCUCCUCCCCAGCCUCCCGCCGAGGCCCCCCUCCCCGCCGAGCGCCUCCGAUCUGCCGACAGCAGGGCUCUGUCCUCCGGAGGCCUCGCUAACCUCGUCCAGCUCUUGAAUCGGGCCGCGUCCGUCGAGCCUCCGCCCCGCGCUUCGUCUGUCCACGACCCAGCCCCUUCCCACGCCGACGGAGCCCGGUCGGCCGCGCAGGAUCCAGAGGAGGAUGGCAGGCUGGGACGCCCGCCUGGCGCAUCGUCGAGCGCUGCCACUGGAGCAAGCGCGCUCCGGAUCAAAAGCUGCCGGAUCUCGUUCGCGCACGAGGCGCUCAUCGACGCCGUGCCUUCUCCUCCCCCAUCCAGCACCAGCAGCCCCACGAAACCCCUCGCCUCUGUGCCCGCCCCUGCCCCCGCUUGCACACCCGAGAACCCGCCCGUGGUGGCGGCGGCCGUGGCCCGCCGGGCCUCGGUCGCGCCGGCCGCCCUGUUCGCCCACUUCGACCCCGCCCGGCCUUCGCCCUCCUCCCCCCCAUCCGGGGCUGCCCCCGCCUCGGCCGGCCCCUCCAGCCUGAUGUCGCCCGACAAGCCGCACCGCAAGCCGUCCGUCGUCAUCCCGUCCGUCAGCCCGGUCGUCAAGAAGAAGGCCCCCAGGAAGUCGCCCCAGACCCGCAAGCCCUCCGGGCCGGCCGCUCUCCCCGCUGCUGCUGCCGACGACGACUGCCAGCCGUCGAUCGUCGACCGGCUGAGACGCCCCAAUCCGAUCCCGAACCCGGGCCUCAGCCCUGCUUCCCAUCGCCAAAGCCCUGCCGCCCCGCCCGCGCCAGAUUGGGGGCUUCGCAAUGGCGUGGACACCAUGCUUUCAAGUAAGCCCGAUCCCCCGCCAUCCCAGCCUCCGCCGCCCCAGCCUCCGCUGUCCCAGCCUCCACUGCCCCAGCCUCCACUGCCCCAGCACCGGCUCUCGGCGAUCCCGAAGUCGGCCGUCCCGCUCGCCAUCCCCGGCCUUUCCCGUGGCCUUCCCAGCUCCGGCUCCGGCCCCCAUCGGCCGCUGCCCAUCUCCCCUGGCUCUGUUCAUCUUGCUAGACUCGCUCAGGCUCAGCCGCCUCAUCCGAUGCCGCCUCAAUCGAUGCCGCCUCAAGCGAUGCCGCCUCAAUCGAUGCCGCCUCAAUCUCAGCCGGCUGUCCAAGCUCAGUCGGUUGGCGUGAAGGAGCCAGCAAAGCCAGCGAGUCAUCUCGACAGUCCCACCUCGCCCACCUACCUUUCGCGCAAGUCGCGGAUCAAGCGGCAGAUGUCUUCGACCCCUAAUACCAUCGAUGAGUCGACGAUUCUUUCGAAGAGGAGGGACAGUCGGAUCGGGGGUGUUUCGUCGUCGGAGGAGGGGGGGAGGAUGUUCUCGAUCAACCGGGUGCCCGGGGGAUGGAACGAGGAGGAGUCCAACGAGAUCGAGGCCCAGCUCAUCGAGGCCCUCCGCCAAACUAACCUCGCCGUGCACAAAGCCACCCACCGCAGACUCUCCACGCCCCAGUUCGUCAAGUCGCCCGCCAAGAGCUGGAGCUCGAUCCGCUCGAGCUUGUAUUCAAGUAGCAGCCAGAUCGCGGGAGUCCCUGCGCCCUACGACCGGCUGAGAGCGUCGGUCUCGAUCGGGGGAAGGACGAGCGAGGAGUCUGUGGGGAGCUCGGUCGAUCGGGCGCGGGAGCUGCCGGCUUCCCGGGCCUCUCUCGACUGGCCAAGCACGUCGCAGACGGAGGAGAGCGCCAAGUGGUUUGACGAAGACGCGCCGAUCCGGCUGACCAGUGGGGAGUACAAGUCGAUGCGGGGCGGGCGAGGGGGACGGGUGAGCUCGGUGGUCGGGCAGUGGGCGAAGCUGACGGCGGCCGGCGACGACGGCCAGGACAGUCCGCGCAAGAAGAACCCGGAGACGGCCGAGCAGGAGGAGCAGCAGGACAUGCCGGCCUCCGUCUCCACCCGCGGCCUCUCCAUCAGACCCAAGAACAUCAGCCACCCGUCUCAAUACUCCAUCGCUGGCUUCCUCAGCCGCAACGCCAGCCUCACCAGCCAAUUCUCCUCCCCGCGUGUCCCGGCCGAGGAGCCCCGGACAGACGGCGAGCCCGCCAAGCUGCCGUCGGCGCCGGCCUUCCAGACGCCCGCCUUUGCUGCCCCGCGCCGGGUCCUCCCCGCGGUCCCCUUAUCAACAACAGCAACGACGACGAUGAGGGGGGACGAAAACAAGGGCGCAGGGGCGGCCAAGCAAGGCUAUCGCAACCUGGCCAACCGGCUGAGCGGGACGGCCAUGAUCUCCCGCCCGCACCAGCAGCCUCCGGCGGCCCCGUCGGCCUCCUCCUCCACCUCCUCCGUCUCCUCGCUGGCCGACUCCGCCAGCCUGCGUCCCCACUCCCUCGACCCGCCCCGCCUCAAGCCCUCCCAUCGUCCCCCCGCCGCCGCCUCCCGUCCCCCGCCCCUCCUGCGCUCGCUCAACUCCGCUAGCAAUCGCCCCUUCUCCGACCUCGUCAAGCGCUGGGAAGCCUGA